UCCCUUCGCCGGCGCCACGCCCCGCGGUACCGAGCCCUCUUCCUCCGGGCGCUUCUGUCGCUCUCGGUAGCCUCGAAAGCCGGGGGACUCUUUUUCUGGCGGAUGGAUUCGUCGUGACCACUCACCAAGCCCCACAAAUAUAUGAAGAAGGAAGGGAAAGCAUCCCUGAACACCCGUAUCUCUUUGAGACUGAUGUAGAGAUCUGUUUCAUUGGUGGUAGUUGCAAAAGUCCCGUUGAAAGAUUUUGGAAUGGAAACAAUGUAUAUAUUUUGCAGAAAGCAAGACACAAUGAAGAAAGUGACCUAAUGGAAGAAUCAAAAAUGGAUGAGGCUCUUUAUGCCUCUGAGCUUUUACCAACAGAGAGUUCCAGACCAGUGGCUCUUUCUGUCAGAAGAGCAAAGCAGUUGAUUUCCUUAUAUACGAUGGUACAAAAUCCAAACAUGACCCAUUUGAAGAUAAGUGAACCAGUUGCGCUUCCUCCCCUCUGGAUAAGGUGUGAUGGUUCUGAUCCUGAGCAUACCUGUUGGCUUGGAGCUGAGCCUCUCAAAGAUGGAAACACAGUCACAGGGAUCAAUUUAUAUAUGGUUACAUGUGACGGUCCUACAGCUGAUAAAACCCGUUUUGCAAACCUGGAAGAGCUCAAAAUGGCACACAAAAAGAAACAUCAUUCAUCUACUGUGAUGACAAAAGGAUUUGCUCAGUAUGAACUCAUUAAAGGUGCUGCAAUAGAGGACACAAUUGUAGAAUCUGACAGCAAUAUCUAUGUCGAUAUCACAUGGAAUACUGUAGAUAAGAUUCUGGAGAUGCCCCCACUAACUUCAGCUGCAACGCUGAAUAUUGCACUGGAGUCUGGGGACCCCAGAAGUCCUGUAUAUCAGCUAUAUAGAGAACUGCAGUUUCUCCUUGCUCUGGCUGAGGGUUUGAAGACGGGUGUGACUGAGUGGCCUGAGCCAUUAGAGUCUGAAUCGGCUGUUGAACUGGUCCGGGAAUUUCUGACUGAUUUAAAGAAGAAGCUGGUUGGAUAUUGUGUAUCUGGAAACAAGAAUGAAAUGGAGAAAAUCAAAUGUGACACAGCUGCGGUGGACAGUUCAAUAAAAUCAAUCUUCAGUGAGCGAGGAGACCUGGAUUUUGCUGAACAAUUGUGGUGCAAAAUGAGAAGUGUCAGUUCCCAUCAGGAGUUGAUAGAGUGUUUCACGCUGAUCUUAAAAUCCCUGGAACAUGGUGAAAUACAGCCGUGGAUUCAUCAAGGGAGUUGCAGUUUGCUAAGUAAAUUGAUUCAACAGUCUUAUCAUGGAAAGAUAGAGGUUGUUUCCCUCAGUGGCAUCACUCCAAUUCAAAUGCUGUUGGAGAUUGGUUUGGAUAAGAUGAAGAAGGAUUAUGUCAGUUUUUUCAUAGGCCAGGAACUUGCAACAUUAACCUACUUGGAUUACUUCACUUCCACAUCAGUAGAUCUACAAGAACAAGUUCAUCGUGUUCAAAAGCUUCACCAUAUACUGGAAAUAAUGGUCAGCUGUACAGUCUUACUUCAGUUUAAACAUGAGAACCUCUUCCCUUUGACACAAAUUUGCAUGAAGUAUUAUAAGGAAAACCCUCUGAAUGAGAAGCAUGUGUUUCAACUGCCGAUCAGAACAGCUCUUGUCAAGAAGUUCUAUCAAAAUGAUCACCCAGAAAUAUGGAAGGUGGACAUAAGUAGCACGCAUGGACUGAAGGAGGCUAAAACAACGUGGCUAGUUAGUACUAAUCCUACAGUUGAACAUAUGACAUCAAACAAUACAGGUCUCUUGUUUGAUUCCACAGUUAAUGGAAGCAGUGAAGAAAGAACGUAUUUUAUUACAGUGGCUCAGUGCAGUCAGGUGCAUUUCACUUAAAUGCAUGUUACUCUACAGGCAGGCACUUGAAAGGUACAGUAAAGGGGAAAGUUCAGUAUUGUCUCUGUUCCAGCAGUAUAUUUAGAAACACUCUGAUUUGAGGAACAGUACAUCUUACUGAGUUAUUUGCUUUAGAAUGCUUGAAGUGUGACAUAUAUCAGCCAUAAUUCAUCUGUAGGCAUCUAGUUUGUUUAUAAAUGUUGUGCAAUUAUGAAUGUACAGUGUAAUUAUUUUGAAAAUAUAGGACUUAUUUUUGUUCAUGUAUUUACAAACAUUCAAUAAAGUUCUGCACUUUAGGGUUUUAAAUUUUAUUUUUAUUCGUUAAGAAUGCAAUCAGACACUGUUCAAAGUGUGAAUUCUCUUAACCCAACAGAACAAGCAAUAUUGUCAUGUUUUCGUGGUGUCAGGUGACAUUUCAUCAUCCAGAUAUUUUUGGAAAGCUGUUCAUCCAGGGCAUUGUGAACUUCUGACAGUUUGAUUUUCAUUGUUUCUGGAUCUAUAUUUUGGAGUAUUCUUGGAUAUGCUUCUCUCUCCUCUUCAAAUUAAUUUUUUUUUUUUUCCCUCAAUGCAAAGUGAGUUAUUCUAACAGUGUUGUCUUGUAUACUUUUGCAUAAUUUUCUGAAAAAAAUGUUCAGUAUAAUUGGCUGGGCAUAAUCAUUUAAUAUGUUGGGAUGACAGUUGUAUAUGUUCUUAUGUUGAUUAGACAGUGUAUGUACUGUUUUGGCAGUGUAAUUUUAAACAAUUACCUGGCAUAGUAUAUGCUGAUUGAAAAACGUGAGACAGAAGGAUUUCGCAUAAAAGAAUCUAUUAACUAUUGAUAAGUAAGAAUAAGGAAAACCCCAGUGUUUAUGCUUUGUAAAAACUAUACGUUUUUGUAAUUUCUGGUUUCUCCUCAGUCCGUCUUAUUUCUUAUCCCUUUCCUAAUAUUACAUAUAAUAACUAUCGGUUUAAUAGUUAGCCCUUGAAGAGAAGCUAAGAACAAGGUAUUUUUUUGGAAUGAUGUUAUUAUCAUACUCUGCAUUCAGCAUGUGCACAUGCAGUGUUGAAAAUACAGUGCAAGCUAAAUAGGAAACUUGUUUGUUGCUUCUCUUUAAAGUAAUAAUUUCAAGCACAACAGGAGGACAAUAUAACCAGAUGGCCAUAUUCUGGAACAAAUUCCUUAUAAUCAUGUACUAUACUUGUUCCUACCUGCAGUAGAAGUGAAUCUGAGGUGGAAUAUUACAUUCUGUAAGUGUCUGGAUUACCCAUAAUAGACAUUUCUGUGUGUAAUAUAUUAUAAAGUCAUAUGAGGUAAACCUAGUUCCCUCUAAACGAAACUAGAGAAAUAAGAGUCCUUGGUUUAAAUCUGACUCAGCGGUUGUCAUCUUUGAUUAAUCACUUCAAAUAAUUCUUCUCCACACCUAGAUAGUAAGGCUAUAUUAUCCUAACUUUUAGACAUGAAUAAUAAGUUAAUGCUUAAACAGUGCUUUUGGAAUAUUUAAAUCCUUUUCUAUUUUAAAAUUAUGUGACUGUCUCUCAACUAGCAUUUUCAUGCUAAUUAAAACCUAUUGAUGAACAGACUGAAAUGAGAAUUUGCAAACAGUUUUUAUCACUUGAAAUUUGUACUGGCAAGAUUUGAAUCACUUCAAUCUUAGCUAACUAUUUUUCUGGUGAACAAAAUGUAUAGUAGUUUUCAAAAUAAUAAGAAACGAAAUCUGCUACUUACAUUUUCUUUCUGCAUUAUUUUCUACUAAUUUCAUUUUGGGUGUUGAUAAAUUUAAAUUGUUUUGGGAACUGAAUAGAAAAAACUGUAAAAAGUGCUAGGUGGACAGGUGAAGUAAUAUUUCUUUAUCCUUAUAAUGGUAUAAAAAGAGGCACCUGUGGUAAACUUUAACUAAUAUAAUAAACUGGUUGCAUUUUA